CUGCCUGCAAGCUGCAGACCCAGAGAGAUGGGAUUGGGCGGUCGUGGCUUCUGACACGCCCCCUGGAUGAAGCAGCAGGAAACGUUUAGGAGCGCGAGCUGGGCCAGCUGCUGUAGGGAAGCGCGGGCACGGGGAACAUUUACCCAAAAGAGAGAGUGAGAGAGAGAGAUGGCACAACGAGUGCAACAGGAUUGUGUUUACGAACGAGCAGCACGAGACGAGCACAUCCUCGGGACGAUAACAGCUCGCGCGUUCACGAUACUAGACGCGCACCAAUAAUUUCGCGCGUAUCAUUCUCAUCGCUCAUUUUAUUAUCAUCACGAUUUAUUUAUUUAUUUAACGAUUUCAGCGCGAAAUAUUCUCUGCUUUCCCAUCCGCUGGCUUCCAUCUGUUAAUGAUGUUUUUUUUUGAAGCAGAGGAGAGGAAGAGAGAGGGAUGUUAUAAUCAGACCGCUGCAGUGUCUGGCCAGUGGAGGAGAUAAGAGGCAACCACGGAAACGGAACCGAUCUGGACAGGAGACGCACACCGGGAACAUACACCCUCCGGGAUUUAUAUUCUAUUCUUCUUGAUCGGCGCGUUGAUUCUGGAAUAUCAGGAAACUAAACGCUCCACCCUUCCCUCCCUCCGUCCCUCUCUCCUUAUCGGGAAAGCCUCGACAUCGGUGCCUUCAAUCCUCCCCGUAUUCCGCUGGAGACUCCACAGCUGUAGCGGAGGACGCUGUUUACGGUCUGGCCGAGAGGUUUGGGCGCUCCGUCACCCCGGGGUGUGGCAGGCAGAGUGACCGCUGAGUGGAGGAUGGUUUGGGUGUGAAGAUGGGGAAGGACCAGGAACUACUGCAGGCAGUAAAGACGGAGGACCUGCUCACCGUUCAGAAGCUGCUGCAGAGGCCCGGGAAAGCAAAGCUCCUUGGUUCUGCUAAGAGGGUCAACGUCAACUUCCAGGAUACAGACGGGUUUGCUCCACUGCACCAUGCUGCUCUCAGUGGGAACCUGGAGCUCAUCUCUCUGCUGCUGGAAUCGCAGGCCACCGUGGACAUCAGGGACCAGAAGGGGAUGCGCCCACUGCACUACGCGGCUUGGCAGGGGAAGGCGGAGCCUAUGAAGAUGCUGCUGAAGUCUGGUUCGUCGGUCAACGGCCAAUCAGACGAGGGACAGAUCCCUCUGCACCUGUCGGCGCAGCACGGACACUACGACGUGUCUGAGAUGUUGCUUCAGCACCAGUCUAAUCCGUGUAUAGUGGACAAUGCAGGAAAGACUCCUCUCGAUCUGGCCUGUGAGUUCGGCAGGGUCGGGGUGGUUCAGCUCCUUCUCAACAGUAACAUGUGUGUGGCCCUGCUGGAACUGAAACCAGGAGAUUCUACUGACCCCAAUGGGACCUCUCCUCUUCACCUGGCGGCCAAGAACGGACACAUAGACAUCAUCAGGCUGUUGAUCCAGUCUGGAAUAGACAUCAACAGACAGACCAAGGCUGGCACGGCUCUGCAUGAGGCAGCUCUCUGUGGGAAGACUGAGGCGGUUCGCCUCCUGCUGGAUAGUGGUAUCAAUGCAGCGGUGAGGAACACCUACAGCCAGACUGCCCUGGAUAUAGUUUACCAGUUCUCUGCUUCACAGGCCAGCAGAGAGAUCAAACAGCUACUCAGAGAUGCGUCAGCAGCCCUCCAGGUCAGGGCCUUGAAGGAUUACUGCAACAACUACGACCUGACCAGCCUCAACAUCAAGGCUGGGGACGUCAUCACGGUUCUCGAGCAGCAUGUUGACGGGCGCUGGAAGGGCUGUAUCCAUGACAACCGUACAGGAAAUGACCGCGUGGGCUACUUCCCUUCUACAAUAGUGGAGGUCAUCAACAAGAGAACAGGUUUGCCGAGCACAGUCAUUAACACCCAACAGUUUCAAAAGAUACAGCUCGUUCCCACGCCGACGGUCGCCCCCGCCAUCUCAGCGGUCGUCAACGGCAACGAAACCACGUUCCAUCAGUUCCAUAUCCUGCCUCCUCCGCCUCCUCCACCUCCACAUACCCAUCAGCCACUGCUUCCACUAUUCACUUCCUUUGGCUAUAACAGGUCGCCCGUGACGACCCCGGGGGACACACCCCCCACCCCCCCAGGUUGUCGCGGCUCAGAAGCCACCCCUCACGGUUCCCCCACCCGGUCCUGCGGCCCCCAGGGCAGCUCCAGCGAGGAGAUAUGGGUGCUGCGCAAGCCUGGGCCAGGUGGAGACCGAAGUAGCGUGGGGAGCUCUGGCAGUGUGACCAGUGUGAGGUCAUCAGGGAGUGGUCAGAGUGCCGGGAGCUCCACCCACAUUCUCCACGCGCAGGCCGAGGGGGUUAAGCUCCUGGCUACAGUGCUGUCUCAGUCUGCCAAAGCCAAAGAGCACCUGCUGGAGCAGUCCAAGUCUGUAGAGCUAUCUACAGGCUCCGCCUCUGCCUCUAGACAGUCGAGCCAAUCAGGAUGCCCGCUCCAUGAAGCUCCACCCUAUGACGCCACGGCAACCUGGAAGGGGGAGGGGCAAGGCGAGGGGAAGAGCUCUGAGGCUGUUAUCCAAUGGCUGAGUGACUUUCAGCUGCAGGUCUACGCUCCAAACUUCAUCAGCGCCGGGUAUGACAUAGCCACCAUUAGCAGAAUGACCCCAGAGGAUCUCACGGCCAUCGGAGUGACCAAACCAGGCCACAGAAAGAAGAUGACAUCAGAGAUCAACAAACUCAGCAUCACUGAGUGGCUCCCUGACCAGAAACCUGCCAGCCUGGCAGAGUGGUUGUCAGCGAUAGGGCUGAGUCAGUACCAGCAGGUUCUGGUGCAGAACGGAUACGAAAACAUUGACUUCAUCACAGACAUCACCUGGGAGGACCUGCAGGAGAUAGGCAUCAUGAAGCUGGGUCACCAGAAGAAGCUGAUGCUAGCUGUGAAGCGAUUGGCUGAGAUGCAGCGUGGCUCUGAGGGGCGGAGCUCCCCCAGGAAGAAGCCUCCACCAAUCACACAGCAGCAGGAAGUGAUGUCCAUAGAGAACAGGCCCCCUGACAACGAAAUCGUCACUUCUCCCAAGUUGUGCACCUUCCAGGACAGCGAGUUGAGCCCCGAGCUGCAGACAGCGCUGAUCCAGCCUAGCCCAGAGGUCAAGGGUCAAAGGACCCGCAGCCUCAGCAAGGACCCCGAGGAGGGAGUAGGGCCAGGGGGUAGAGGAGGAGGAGGAGGAGGAGUGCCCCCUAAGAAGGAGGCUCGGACCAUGAGACAGACCAGCCAGGGGAGCCAGAGAGGCAGCGCCUCAUCCAAACCUCGCCCACCCUCCCACGCCCACUCAAUGCCGGCACCCCCUUACACUCCCCCUCACACCCCCACCAAGAAACCCCUGCACUCCUCCACCUCCGCCCCGGGCCCCUCACCGCAGGCCAAACCCAAAUCCUCCCCACAGCUAAUACAAGGAGAGAGGCCUGGUUCCCCCCGCUCUCACCCCCUGUCCAACGCACAUCGCGGGACUCACAACACCCAGACUCAGCCUGGUCCUCAGCCUGGUCCUCAGCCCCAGCCUAGUCCUCAGCCCCAGCCUGGUCCUCAGCCCCAGCCUGGUCCUCAGCCCCAGCCUGGUCCUCAGCCCCAGCACCAACCCACACCUACUCCCCAAUCUCAGCCUACAGCCCAGCCGACGGAGGAAGAGGAGAGGGAGAAGGAGAGGGAGAAAGAGAGGGGGAUUGAGAGGGAGAAAGAGAGGGGGAUUGAGAGGGAGAAAGAGAGGGGGAUUGAGAAGGAGAGCACCCUCCAGCCGCAGCCUAGCCCCCAGGUGUCUGUUCCCCUCCUGUGCCUGCCUCCGGAGGCUGAGGGGGGAGACGGGGGAGAGAUGGGUGAGGCGGGUGAGGCCCUCCUUAAGAAGCGAGCUAACAGUCUGAACCGCUACGCUGGGUCUGACGGGGAGGGGGAGGAGAGGGGGGGUGGAGGUGCAGGGGCGGGGACAGGAGUGGCCCCUCCAGGGAGGCUAGCAGGGGGCGGUACAGGUAAAUACGCCACGGUGACUCACCGGGUCAGCCGCAGCCACUCCGUACGCAACCAGGACAAGAACGUCAACCGCAGCCAAUCACAGUCCAUCGCCCUGCGACCCAAGAAGAAAGGCCCGCCCCCUCCGCCUCCCAAACGCUCCAGCUCAGCUAUCUCGAACUCCAACCUCGCCGACACACACACGCCGACACACACACACGCAGCUGACGGGCUGCUGGGCGUGCCCUACAACCCCCAGCGACGGGCCAGCGACCUGGGUGUAUCCGUGGAGACGGUCGUCGUGGAUACGGGGAGCGCGGGCAGCGUGAGGAGCAUAGCGGCCAUGUUGGAAAUGUCCUCUAUCGGGGGCGGGGCCAAGGGCAUGGCUAUACAGAGAAACUUCCUGCAGCGGGAUGCCAUUGGUCUGGACGGGGAGGUGGUGAACCGCCGUAGGACCAUCAGUGGUCCUGUUACUGAGCUGGUCGCGGCAGCUAGGAGGGACAGACCUACCCCCGUACCACUGUGUACCGCACCCCAACCCUCUCCUCUCCCUUCUACACCCCAGCUGCCUUCCUCCCCUCGCUCCCCCUCCUCCCCUCACCCCUCGUCUCCUCACCCCUCGUCUCCUCACACCCCUUCUUCCGGUAGUUCGGCCGAGAACCUUCCGUUUGCUGCUGAGAGGAAACAGACCGUGAAGAGGCAGAGAGGAGAGGGAGAGGAAGAAGGAGAAACAGAGGGUGAUGGAGACGGUCUCCAUGGAGACGGCGUGUUCUCCCUUCCCCAGGAUGAGCUGUCCCGGGUCGACGCCACGGCAACCCUGAAACGGCGUCCCCGCUGCAACAAGCCUCACCCCAACGGGUCGCGUUUCACCCUGACAGAGUCUUCCACCGUCAAGCGCCGUCCCAAGAGCAGAGACAAGGAGCCGGAGGGCUUCUCAGAGAGCGGCAUCGCAGACAUCACCGGGACCUCCAAGACAUGGGCCUCUAACACCGGGGCCGUUCACACCGGGGCCGUUCACACCGGGGCCGCUAACACCGGGGCUGUUACCGGGCCGGAGCCGGGGCCAGCCAUACCGUACGAGAACGGCACCGCCACCGUUAAACGCCGGCCGGUGUAUGAGACGGGAGAAGCGGAGCCUAGUCCGAUCCAGGCUACGCCUCCUCUCAGGGACAGCUCAGACCUGGGAGGACCAGGGGUGGUGGCGGGGGGAGAAGGGGGAGGAGCGGUGACCCCUGUGAGGAAACCCAAACCCCCCGUCUCCCCCAAACCUGUCCUGGCUCAGAUGAGGAGACACUCCUCCUCUAGAAAAGUCCCCCUGCCUGGACCUGGCACCCCCGGCAGCCCAGUUGAAGCAAAGAAGAUUCCUCCCCCAGUCUCCCCCAAACCGGCUCCUCCCCCCACAGCCCCUAAACCAACCAAACACCUCCACUCUAUAACCACACCCACCUCCCCCCCCUACUCCUCCUCCCCCAACCCCAACGCCAAACCCCCCACCCCUCCCGCCCAGAGUCCCCACACCCCACUCACCCCCCAGAGUCCCCACACCCCCCUCACACCCACCCCUCCACCUAUCAAACCCCCCCGCUCCUCCAUCGGGGGCGUGUCCGUGGACAUGGGAACAGUGGCGGCGGUCAGCGUGGUGAUGUCAGAGGCGGAGUCUGUGCAUCAGAAGCUGGAGGAGACGAGCGCGUCAUUGGCUGCUGCCUUAAAGGCUGUAGAGGACAAGAUACGAGAGGAACAAGAUUGGGUUGCAGAGGAGAAGACGACGGUCAGUAUCCUUGACGACAUCGGCAGCAUGUUUGACGACCUGGCCGACCAGCUUGACGCCAUGUUGGAGUAACCGUGACAACAGCUGGCCGUCCCCGUGACAAAGCAGCCUGCCUCAGGACUUCCUCCUUCCCUCCGCAGGCACAACGUUCCUCUCUCUCUCCAUCCUCCUCUGUCCACUAAAGGACAGAGGACCACUCCAUUACAGAGGAGAACUCUUGGUCGCUAGGCUGUCCUGUCACAGCUUAAACAAGCAGUUACAGCCUCAUGUGAUGAAUUGUAGUUAUGGUAUGUGAUGUGUACAUUGUCAGCAUGAAGAGCGUUUAUAUUUACAGAAAACAGGCUCCUCUCUGAGAGAGAGUCAUGCAUUAGUUCAGUCAUAUUAUAAAUAUAUAUAUAUAAAAUAUAUAGAUAUACGAUUUGGUCUUCUCUGUUGAAUGGUUAUGCUGUUGUCAUGUUUAUGAAUCGCUGGAAUUUUUAUGUGACCAAAAUGUAACUCUGCUCCUGAAGUGUGUGUUCUGGAAUCGUGAGUGUUCUGGAAUCGUGAGUGUUCUGGAAUCGUGAGUGUUCUGGAAUCGUCACUGUUCUAGACGGAGAGGAGGAGAUGACAGCUGGUUGGAUGUAAAAGGGCUUCGGAAUGGCAGAACUUCCUGUACAAGCCCCGCCUCCAGAGGCCAGAUUCCGAUGUUAUUCUCUCCUCCUUCCAUAACAUACCCCCCUCCCUCCCUGUUAUUAACAGAGCACAGUGUUGAGUCUGGGGUUAGGGCUCAGGUGGGGGGGGUCAAGGGUUCUAGAGGUUUAGUACCAUGUUGACCUCUACUGCACAAUAGAGAAGGUAUAGUUUAAGUUUACUUAGCGUGGUUACGGGCUGAUUGAACUGGAACGAAGGGCUCUGUUCAGUCUGGAGAGAUGAAGUGGUACAGAUGGCGGAAUAAGAGACGUCAAAAGGUAAUUUCCCCUUUGACACGACAUAUACAGCGUUUAACUUGAGUCUUUCGCUGUCGCGGCAACGUUGCCUUUAUAUUCCAGUGACAUUAAAACACUGAUACUUCCACGGUAAGGGAUCAGAGUCCUCACUUCAAGCUGAGGGGGGGGGGGGGUCUGAUGGUGGAUCAUCUCCAAUUCCUCUCUCUCUCUCUCUCUCUC